AUGACAGACGACAGUGCAUCGUCGUUCUCAUUUACGAACCCUGCCGCUCCCGCUGGUGGCUCGCAGGCAGGGACAUCGCCGAGCAUCGAGACCGAUGGUGGAACCGUCACUGGAACAGAAACUUCAAUGCUCAACGAGGAGAUCACACAGCUACGAAAGGCACUCUACAACUCGGAAGACUCCGUCAGGAGAGAAGAGCUACGCUGUCUCAACAUCUGGAGAACGAGCGAAGAGAAUGCAAUGAAGAUCGAGAUUGCUGCACAUGACGAGUUUGUGAUCAUGAAUGCACGUCUUGGCGCUAUGACUACUGAAUUGCAAGAAUCACGUCAAGAAGACGAGGGAUCGACGUAUCGCAUCGAAGAACUGGAACGAUUCAGAGAUCUUUCUGAGGAGGUUGCAGCUUACAUCAACAUGAGGUACCAAGAUCUCAGGACUGAAUACAAUGAACAAAUGACCUAUGCUCAAAGCCUGAUUGGGAACAUCGGAUCGAGUGCAGCUGGAACGACUGAUGAUCUUCGAUCUCAAUUGCAACACGCACACAACCGUUUGACCUAUGAGAUUGAGAAUGUCGCUCGCCUAGAAAACUUGACCCAAUAUGCUAGUGCUCAGAGAGACCAGACAAUGGCACGCAUGAGGAGUGAGAUCCGCAUGAAAGAUAGUUCCACCAAGAGUUAUGAACUUGCUCACAGCCGUCAAGAGACCGAACUUUUGAAACGACAGUUGGCUAAUCAAGAGGCUAGACUUUCAAGCCAAGUUCCAAGUGUGAACCAAGAAGUUGCCACUCUCCAAGCCCAAGUCCGUCAGCUUAAAGGUGAAGCAUCCGAACUCAAGGCCAAAGAGUCCUGCAGAAGUCAAGCUCCAUUGGCUCUGGAGAACAACAGCAUAGGUGCAAGUGUGGAAGUCGCUGGCUAUCCAAAACGUAUGCGUUGCUUCUGGAACGAUUGUGAAGCGUGGGAGGAUUGGCUCAGGCCUGCUUUGGAACCCGAGACCUUAUAUCGAAAGAUUGAGCACUCCCAGUUGAUGAAGUUCGAUCUGUCAAGAUAUGAGUCAACUAUUGAGGGGGACAAAGACCGUUCUUACAAGUACCUUAUCGAUAUGAUCAGGAAACAUGUCAAGAAGAAGAUAGGGGAUCAAUUUCUGAAAGCUAAAGAGAAGGCCGUUAUGAACUUUGUUGGGAACCCAAAAGCUACGCCAGCUGAAGGUUCAGAUGAAGACCCACCAAAGAAACCCAAUCCUAAGCCAAAGGCCAAACCGGCUCCUGGAGGGAAUCCGAAAGGUGGGAAGACUGGCAAAGAUGGAGACCUAGCACCGGCAAAAGCCAAAGCCAAAGCUACACCUGCCCUGGCAGACAACUUCUUCUGCUCGGUUGAUGGUUAUGGUACUAGACCCAAAGCUCAUCGACGGGAUCCCAAUCGACCUUACAAGUUGGUUGACAUGGCCCACUUCAAAGAUGAACAAACACGCAUGGAAAGUUCUUUGGG